GCGACGCUUAAGGACCCGGCCAGGCGCGCACCGCCUCCGCACCCUCUCGCGGCGCUGCGCUUGCGGAAGCAUGGAGGGCGAGAGCACGUCUGCGGUGCUCUCUGGAUUUGUGCUCGGCGCGCUCGCUUUCCAGCAUCUCAACACCGACUCGGACACGCUCAGAAGCAUCCACUGGCUUCCAGAAGCACGUGCCAUGAAUCCAGAGUCCUUGACCAGUUAUUUGGGAUGUUCCAUUAUCGGCGCUAUUCCCAUCUAUCUAUGAUUUCAUUAUUCAGAAAUGGGAGCCUUCUUUGUUCGAAGGCAAACUGCUCUGCUCCUCCUUCUUCAAACAUUGUGUGCUCAUUUCUGGCUUUAAGCCCUUUAUGUUCCAGGAAGGUUUUCUUCUUGGGGAAGUGAAAGGUGAAGCCAAGAAUAGUAUUACUGAUUCCCAAAUGGAUGAUGUUGAAGUUAUUUAUACAAUUGACAUCCAGAAAUAUAUUCCAUGCUAUCAGCUUUUCAGCUUUUAUAAUUCUUCUGGUGAACUAAAUGAGCAAGCACUGAAGAAAAUAUUAUCAAGUGUCAAAAAGGCUGUGGUUGGUUGGUACAAAUUCCGCCGUCAUUCAGACCAGAUCAUGACAUUUAGAGAGCGACUGCUUCACAAAAACUUACAGAAUCAUCUUUCAAGCCAGGAACUUGUUUUUCUACUGUUAACACCAAGUAUAAUAACAGAAAGCUGCUCUACUCAUCGGCUGGAGCAUGCCUUAUAUAAACCUCAGAAGGGACUUUUUCACAGAAUACCGUUAGUGGUGGCCAAUCUGGGCAUGUCUGAACAACUGGGUUAUAAAACUGUGCCAGGUUCCUGUGAAUCCACUGGUUUUAGCCGAGCAGUAAAAACACACAGCUCUGAAUUUUUUACAGAAGAUGGAUCUUUAAAGGAGGUACAUAAAAUAAAUGAAAUGUAUGCUUCUUUACAAGAGGAAUUAAAGAGUAUAUGCAAGAAAGUAGAACAUAGUGAGAGAGCAGUAGAGAAACUACUAAAGGAUGUAACCAGAUUGAAACAGGAAAUUAAAAAAAGAAAACAGGCACAAAUUCAAGCAGCACGAGAAAACAUCGAAAAAGACCCGCAGGAGAACAUUUUUCUUUGUCAAGCUUUACGGACCUUUUUUCCAGAUCGCGAAUUUCUUCAUUCAUGUGUUAUCUCCUUGAAAAAUAGGCAUAUUUCUAAAACUAGCUGUACUGCCAACCACCAGCUCAAUGUGAUAGACAACCUGACCUUAAUGGUAGAAUGCACUGACAUUCCUGAAGCCAGUCCAGCUAGUAGUGCACCGCAAAUGAUUAAACGUAAAGCUUUAGAUACCGAUGAUGGAUGGCAAUUCAAGAAGUCACGGCCGGUAGAGAUACAAAACAAGCCAUCUAAAACAGAUACUGAUAGUAGUAAUCAAGAAAAAGCACCUACAAUGAGCAGCCCUGAAACAGAUGAAGACAUUGAAAAAAUGAAGGGUUCUGGUGACUAUCCACAGUCUCCUACAUUUUGAUCCUUUUAGGCCAAAAGGACAUUUUUAAUUGGCUGAAGGGUGGUAAAGCCAUUUAUAUUGUUUUUACUAUGUUCAGGUAUUUGCAAUAAUACAUAAAUUCUAGUACAUUUAUUUUUUAAAGCACUUUAUUUUAAAACCAUAACCUUUGUCCCCCCCCCCACCUUGUGAAAGAUUUUAAGUAAUUCCCCUACACCCAACAUGGGGCUUGAACCCACAACCCCAAGAUCAAGAGCUGUAUGUUCCACCAACUGAACCAGCCAGGCGCCCCCCCCUUAUUUGCUCUUUUAUAAAACUGUUGAGGGAAAAGCUUAAAUGAUAUUCUUUUAAAUUUCUAUAGCAUUCUUUAGCAUUGGAAAAGAAAAACUAACCUUACUUUCACAAUAGAAAAAAAAGAUGUCUAAAGUUAAUAUGAAAUGCAUUUCAUUUUUAUCUAAGUCUUUGUAAUUCCUGCUCCUUAAGUUAUGAUAAAUGGCUAGGAUUGCCAAAUAAAAUGCUGGACAACAUGCAA